AUGAAGGAAGACGUGGGAAGAAUUUUGAUUCAGUUUAAAAAUGAAAGUGGAGAGGUGCUGGGAUCUUCCUUUGAUGUACCCGUGGAUAUAACACCUGACAAACUGCAGCUGGUCUGCAAUGCUCUGUUACAGGAGGAGGAAGCUGUGCCACUUGCCUUUUUUGUCCAUGAUGUGGAGAUUGUGACAUCUUUGGAAAAAACCUUGGAGAAGCAGACUGUGGAAACAGAAAAGGUUUUGGAUGUAAUUUAUCAACCACAAGCUGUGUUCAAGGUCCGUGCAGUAACACGAUGCACCAGUUCUUUGGAGGGGCAUUCUGAAGCUGUGAUCUCAGUUGCAUUCAGCCCAACUGGAAAGUACUUGGCCAGUGGGUCAGGAGACACCACAGUACGCUUCUGGGACCUCACCACAGAGACACCACACUUUACUUCCAAGGGGCAUACACAUUGGGUGCUCAGUAUUGCUUGGUCACCAGACGGAAAGAAACUUGCAUCAGGCUGUAAGAAUAGUCAGAUUUUUAUAUGGGACCCAAACACUGGAAAGCAGAUUGGUAAAACACUGAUCGGACACACACAAAAUGGAUAACGUGGCUAAGCUGGGAGCCUCUUCACUUGAAUCCAGAGUGCAGAUACCUUGCCAGUUCAUCCAAAGAUUGUAGCGUGCGUAUCUGGGAUACUGUCUUGGGCCAGUGCCAGAAGAUACUUACCAGCCACACACAAUCAGUGACUACAGUGAAGUGGGGAGGAGAUGGUCUGCUUUAUUCCUCUUCACAGGACAGAACGAUAAAAGUCUGGAGAUCAAGCGAUGGAGUUCUUUGCCGCACUCUUCAAGGUCACGGUCACUGGGUUAAUACAAUGGCACUAAGUACAGACUAUGUUCUCCGGACCGGGGCCUUCAACCCUGCUGAAGCCUCCAUCAAUCCCCAGGACAUGCAAGGCUCCUUGGAGGUACUAAAGGAAAAAGCCUUGCAGCGAUACAAUCAAGUUCGGGGAAACGCUCCAGAGAGACUUGUGUCUGGCUCUGAUGAUUUCACACUCUUCCUCUGGGCUCCUGCUGAAGAUAAAAAGCCUUUACAGAGAAUGACUGGACACCAGGCUCUAAUCAAUGAGGUCCUUUUUUCACCUGACACUAGAAUCAUCGCCAGUGCUUCCUUUGAUAAAUCAGUCAAGCUGUGGGAUGGAAAAACUGGAAAGUUCUUAGCAUCUUUACGUGGCCAUGUAUCUGCUGUGUAUCAGAUUGCUUGGUCAGCAGAUAGCAGGCUGUUGGUCAGCGGAAGCAGCGACAGUACACUCAAAGUCUGGGAUACUAAAACCAAGAAGCUGGCUGUGGAUCUCCCAGGGCAUGCAGAUGAGGUCUAUGCUGUUGACUGGAGCCCCGAUGGGCAAAGAGUAGCCAGUGGAGGGAAAGAUAAAUGUUUGAGGAUGUAAGUACUAUGA